AUGAAGAUUUCCGCUGUUAUCGGUACGCUGAUGGCCGCCGGCCUGGUUGCUGGUGCUCCUCCAGCUGAGCGUCCUACUGAGGUCUCUGAGCAGCUACCGCCACCCACUGGAACCGGAAUUCCCCCUUUCCCUCCUCAGAAGCAGGAGAAUGACAACGAUAAGCGUGGAGAUGCUCCUCUUCCUCAAUCCAGCGAUAUCCCGCCGCCUCCUCAAAGCACCGACAUUCCUCCUCCGCCUAAGGGCACUGAUGUUCCUCCCCCUAAGAAUGGACAGAGCGACAACAACAAGCGCGGGGAUGCUCCCCCUCCUCUGAGCACAGAUGUCCCUCCUCCGCCUCAGAGCACCGGCGUCCCCCCUCCUCCCAAGGGCACCGAUGUGCCCCCUCCUAAGGAAGGUCAGAAUGACAACAACAAGCGUGGAGAUGCUCCUCCUGCUCAGUCUAGCGAUCUUCCCCCUCCUCCUCAGAGCACCGGUGCUCCUCUUCCCAAGGGCACCGAUGUUCCCCCUCCUCCCCAGAGCACCGACGUUCCUCCUCCCCCCCCAAAACACCGACGCUCCCAAGAAGAACGCUCAAUUUCAGGCCUAGAUUGCUGGCCGAUUUUUGGGAAUGUAUAG